AUGGAGGAUUCAAAAUCGAAAAGAGAUCCACAACAAAUCCUGUGCAUAUGUACUUAUAGCUUACAAGUGGAGGAUUCAAAAUCGAAAAGAGAUUCACAACAAAUCCUGUGUAUAUGUACUUAUAGCUUACAAGUGGAGGAUUCAAAAUCGAAAAGAUAUCCACAACAAAUCCUGUGCAUAUGUACUUAUAAUUUACAAGUGGAGUAUUGGUACCGCGGUUGUAGCGGAAGAGGUUUUGUGCUUGUGUUCGUAGAAACACAGGUGAUGAGGAAUACAGCAAACGAAUCUUUCACAUCGUUUGAGACUGCCGAUGCCUGUUUUUGUAUGAUUUUUCAAGGAUAA